AUGGCAACUUCAGCGACAACUUCCAAACAAUGUUUUAUAUGUGGAAAAGACAAAGCAGCCUUAUACACAUGUGAAGGCUGCUCAGAAAAAUUUUGUCCGAAAGAUUUACUAAAACAUCAACAAGAACAUGUAUUAGAUCUGGAAAAAAUUGUUACUGAUUGUGAUACAUUCCAACAAAGUAUUAGUGAGCAACAGCAAGAUCUCAAUUAUCGUCCAUUAAUACAACAAGUGAAUGAGUGGGAACACGAUUCAAUCAUGAAGAUUAAGAAAACAGCAGAAGGCUGCCGACAAAGAUUAAUUAAAUCGACAGACGAUAAUAUUGCUGAAAUAAAGAAGAAAUUAAAUCAAUUCAUUGCUGACUUAAGAAAAAUGCGAGAUGAUGAAGAUUUCAAUGAAAUUCAUUUAAAUAACUUCAGAGUGUUGUUAGAAGAAUUGAAGAAAACGCUUGAGCAACCACUGAAUGUUUCCAUUUUGAAAGAACCUACAUCGUUUAUAAGCAAAAUAUCAAUUUCAGGUUAG